AUGGACGAACCCACCGCCGCCAGCAUUGCCAAUGCGCUCGCUGCUGUCCAGGAAGCGGUCGCGAGCAACCCAGAGGCUGCCAUCCCCAAGAGCUACCAUCUCAACCCCGAACUGUCCGCCGAGCCGUCCGUGGCCGUCCAGCCAGAUCUUCUCGUCGGCGCAAUAGCGACGACGGCCAAUCCAGCAGCCGGCGCAGACGACAUCGGCAACAACAACCUCAAGCGUGCCAGGCCCCAUGAUGAAGAAGAAGCAGGCAAUGACGAAGGUUGGCAGAAGGUGGAAACCCGGAGGUCCAAGAAGAAGGCCAAGAAGAUCCCCAAGAGCGACUCGUCCAACUACCCCUCCAUCACCUUCAACUACAAUGCAAAGCUUCAGGCCAAGGUCUCCCUGGACCAGCUGCGAAACCUGAUCCUCUAUAUCUUCGCAGAGGGGACCGCGCCGAACUGGGUCUCCAUCAGCCAUCGCCCGCAGUUCAGGAAGAUCGUCACGCUCAUGGUCCCCGGCCUGGAGGAGGCCAUGUUCAAGCCCGAUGCCGACUUUGCCACCUACGACGACCAGCCGAGAGAUUCGGGAAAGCCCCGCGUCAUGACUUCUCCAGAUGACUACUACCCGCGCCUGUUGAAGAGCGAAGAGCUGCCAGAAGUUUUGAAGCCCUUCGCCGACAUGUUCCCCCACCUAUGGCCCAUCAAGACCCCCGGCAACGAGAAAUUCGGCAACAUGCGCUCCCCUCUGGGAACCAUGCUUACGGCACCCCAGGACAAGUCUCCAGACGAGAAGAACCGCAAGGGUCAUGGUGUUCAGCCAGCAAGGGAGCCCAAUGGCUGGAAGGACCAGCGCACCAGGAUUACCGAGUAUCUGGCCCAGCCCGAGGAUUUUGUGCCAAACGGCUAUAAGCUGCACCCCGCCCUCAUAGACUCUGCGGAGCGCCGCGCCGAGUUCCAAGAUGACGAGGGCUGGGUGCAUACCAACGUCCAGGACUUGUCCGAGGGUGACGUACCCGAGUCUGAGAUUGAGCAAGGCGCGAUAACGGCUGGCCGUGAAGUGAUUGCCCUCGACUGUGAGAUGUGCAUGACCGGGCCUGCACAAUUCUCUCUCACCAGAGUUAGUCUGCUGAGUUGGGAUGGAACCGUUGUCCUAGAUGAGCUGGUCAAGCCUGACAAGCCCAUCACCGACUAUGUCACUCAAUUUUCGGGCAUCACUAAACAAAUGCUCGAUCCCGUCACCACCACCUUGAAGGACAUACAGAAGAAGCUUCUGGAGAUUUUGCACCCCCGCACAAUAUUAGCUGGCCACUCGUUAGACUCGGAUCUGAAAGCAUUGCAGCUUACACACCCUUUUAUUGUUGAUACAGCACUGCUCUAUCCUCACGUUCGCGGACCGCCUCUGAAGAACAGUUUGAAGUUCCUGUCUCAGCGCUUCCUCAAGCGUGAGAUCCAGAAAGGCUCACAAGGACACAGCCCGAUCGAGGACGCCAAGGCAUGCCUGGAUUUGGUCAAGCAGAAGUGCGACAAAGGCAAGUCGUGGGGAAACCAUGAGCAACAAGGAGAGAACUUGUUUCGUCGGUUGAACCGUCAAGGCACUUCGUAUCGUGCCAACGGAGGCGCUGAGGCGACUGGUGGCGUGGUCCUGGGCAAGUCAAGUGUCAUGGUCGAUUGGGGUGACCCCAUGAAGGGGGCAGGAGCAGCAGCGACCUGGAGAAUAGGCUGCAAAUCGGACGAUGACGUGGUUGAGGGUGUGCUGCGUGCCGUCAAGGGCGACCCGGUCGCGGAAGAGAUCCCGUACGGCGGGGCCGACUUUGUCUUUGCGCGCUUCCGCGAGCUGGAAGCUCUCCAAGGCUGGUGGAAUAGGAAUCGAUCAGGGCCCGACGGAGACUUCUUGGCACCACCCGACAUCUCGAACCCCGCGGGCUCUAGUGGCACUGAGUCAACAGUGUCGCCUCUGGAGGCCUGCCUGCAACGGCUGAUUGCCCGGAUCAAGCGCAUACACGAAGGAUUGCCGCCUUGCACUGCCCUUGUAAUAUUCAGCGGCAGUGGAGACCCUCGAGAGAUGAGCCGGCUCCAGGCCCAGCAGGCCCAGUUCAAGCGCGAGUAUAACACGCCUGGCAGCAAAUGGGACGAGCUGAGCGUCAAAUGGACGGAUGCAGAGGACCAGGCCUUGAAGAAGGCCGUUGGCAUCGCGCGCAACGGUAUCGGCUUCAUCGGCGUCAAAUGA